GUCGGUGAUGACGACAGCAGGGGGCGGGGUGUCAUUUCACCCAGAGCUCCGGCUGCAGGAGCUGGGCCUCCGGUCGGAUCUCUGCAGAGACCUGGUUCAACGUCAGCGGUCACCGGGACUGAACCACCGCCGCAGCAGCUCCCCGGACCGGCUCCUCCUGCGCGCUGCUCCCGGGAGAACCACCGAGCGGUGCGGCGGCGCCUCCAUGAACGAUGACGGAGGAAACCAUCGUGAUCGCCAAGUGGGACUACGAGGCCCAGCAGGAGCAGGAACUGGACAUCCGGAGGAACGAGCGUCUGUGGCUGCUGGAUGACUCCGAGACGUGGUGGAGAGUCCGAAACGCCGCAAACCAGACGGGCUUCGUCCCGUCCAACUACGUGGAGAAGAAGAGCGGCCUGAAGAAAGGCUCGCUGGUCAGGAACCUCCGAGACACACUGGGACUCGGGAAGACCAAGAGGAAGACCAGCGCCCGUGACGCUUCUCCGACGCCCAGCGCCGACGAGUACCCGCCCAAUGGCAGCGCUGGAGGUGCCCAACGCAUCUACGACCUCAGCAUCCCGGCGGUGGUUAAGUUUGCUUACACGGCUGAGCGUGAGGACGAGCUGACCCUGGUGAAGGGGUCGCGUGUGGUCGUCACGGAGAAGUGCAGCGACGGCUGGUGGCGAGGCAGCUCGGCCGGACGGGUCGGCUGGUUUCCGUCCAACUACGUGCUGGAGGGAAACGACGGCGAGGUGGUGUCUGUUGACCCCGGUUACCAGACGGUAGAAGGUGCGAUGGUGAUGUCAAACGGCCAAUCAGCUGGCAGCAGCGUCCUCCACACCGUCCAGACGUUGUACCCGUUCAGCUCUGUGAUGGAGGAGGAGCUGAACUUUGACAAGGGUGAGGUGAUGGAGGUUAUCGCGCAGCCGGAGAACGACCCGGAGUGGUGGCGGUGCCGCAACACCGGCGGCCUGGUGGGCUUGGUACCAAAGAACUACGUGGUCGUCCUGAGCGACGGCCCCUCGCUCUACACGGGGCUGGCUCGUAGCGGCAAGUUUCCCGGGAAGGACUGGUACUACGGCAAUGUGACGCGGCACCAGGCGGAGCGUGCGCUCAACGAAGAGGUGGAGGGAGACUUCCUGGUACGAGACAGUGAGUCAUCGCCGAGUGACUUCUCAGUCUCCCUGAAGGCCGAGGGGAAGAACAAACACUUCAAGGUCCAGCUGCUGGACGGUGUCUUCUGCAUCGGCCAGCGGCGGUUCUCCUCCAUGGACGAGCUGGUCGAGCACUACAAGAAAGCUCCCAUCUUCACCAGCGAGCGCGGCCAGAAGCUCUACCUGGUCCGACCUCUGCUGUGACCUUUGACCCCGGAGGACAGCUUCCCCCCCAGUCAACAGAGAUUUGGUCUGUGGUUAGAUUCCAGGACGUUCUUGUUUGCGGGAUCUGAUCCGGUUUUACUACGCCAGUUUUCAGACAGGACAAACUCCACAGAUGUCUUCGGAUCUGGUUUGGUCCAGUUCCAACAACUUAUUAUGGGGAAACUCUUCUGGUUCUGCUGGUUUUAUCUCAAAAUGUUGACAUGGUUUGACGAAGUGUUGACUCAAGAUGGAAAUAAACACAGUCCGACCCCGGAAACAAAGUCCAGUCCAAGUCCACUGCUCUCUGUUUGCCAUUUCUUUGUCUGAAUGUAUUUUAACACAGAAGCUCACCUUUUUGGACAUUUACACAGGAACAAACCCAACAGAUGUCUUCCAGUCUAGUUUGGUCCAGUUUGGUCUGGUCUGGUGUUUCAGUAGCUCUUUGUCGGACUGAUUCAGGGGGAAAUUCUGUUCUCUCAAGAUGUUUGAAUGUAUUUUCCAGAAGCCCAGAGGACUCAACUGGUUCCGCUACCCAACUUUUCAGACAGACAUUUAGAUAGGAACAAACAAACCCAACAGCUGCCUUCAUGCCGGCAGCUUUGUCCGGUUUGGUCAGGUCCUGCUCCAGAAGCUCUUUGUUGGACUUAACCGGAGGUUCAAGAGUUCUGCUGGUUUUAACUCAAAUUCUCAGUUCUGUUCACUCAAGAUGAAACAGUGAGACCCUGCAGACCAAAUCUAGUCCAAGUCCACCACCUUCUUGUUUGCCAUUCCUGUUUGAAUGUAUUUUACAGAAGCCCAAAAACUGGUUUGACCACGCAACUUGUUUUCAUUGAGUGAGGGAACUUGAUUGUGGUGCUCAGAAGUAACCUGAUCCAUUAAAACCAAGUCACCA